UCUAUUCGAAAAUCAAGAGAAAUGGGGGAUUACGUUUUAGGAAACCCGUUUUUCAGCUUAGAGCGAUUAAAAACUUUAUACGAUCCUCCGUUAAUCAGUGCAUUAUUCACAUUGAGCAACGAAGAUUAUAAAAGCAUUAAAUGUUAACUAUUUCAUUCAAACAGUUCAGAUUCACACAUCUCGAGAAUAAAUUUAUGAAACAUUUCAUCGAUUAAUCGGAAUAAAAUGUAACGAUUGUUGGAACUUGUCCAUUACAGGGUGAUUAUUAAUAUCAUUGCGUCAAGAAAGUGUUUCAAUAACAUAGAAAAUAUUUAAAAUAAUGGAAGAAAUCGCGAAGCGACGUAAGUUUCUCUUACUCUUAUCACGAAUAUCUCGAGUUGUGGUUUUACCGCAACAGGUUUCAUUAACAGGAAAGCAAGCCUCGCGAGAUACGGAGUCAGAAAAUUUAACAGCUAAUCAGGAAGAUGAGAAGAAAUUGCAAGAGAUUCCAAGGAAGACCUUGAAGCACUACUUUAAUAGAUUUAGGUACUACCAUUACUGCGUUGCUGAAAAAAUAGAUACCAUACUUGGAAUAGUAUGUUUUGGGAUAAUUAAAAUUUAUCUUUUCUUCAUGGGAAGCCAACAGCAAAGCUUACAAAGUGUCGAAGAAAUGAACAUAAUAAGUAUACACGAUGAUCCGUUUGAUUGAAAAAAUAUUUCUGUAAAAUAUACUACAAUAUUAAAAAGAUAUCUAUAAAAAUCUGUCUGCAAGAUUACUCUCAGAGUCAGCGUACCUUUUAACCAUCGUUUGGAUGAAGUUCUCAGCCACUGGUCAGAGGAUCGAAUUCAUCAGAUUUUCGCUGAAAAGCUGAAGGAAGCUGGAUUUUUGUUAAAUAGACAACGCGUGAAAUAUUUUAGCUGGUAUUAUCGACGACAUAGGGGCUCGGCAUACGUAGUUUGAAAGAUAACAAAAAUCAGCCAACAGGUUGACGAACGUCGACGGACGGAAUUGGGACGAUGGUCGAACGAUAGUCAGCCGAUAGAUCAAUCAGAAAACGUUUUUAGAAUCGGAUUUGCGUGGCCGAUCUGUACGACUGCUAUGAAAAUUUCAGCGUGGCCGACGGGCGCGCAGGGUGCAAGCCCGUGCUCGAUAAUUUAUCAGGAUCAUUCCGAGGCUGGUGUGCCAGCCAACGAGCAAGAA